GGUGAAACAUGCUUUCGGUUUCAAAUUGCACGCCAAGGCUAAGAGAGAAAAGCCAUGGCUGACAAAGAACUGAAGGAGAAGAGGAAGGUUUUUGUCCAAUCAGUGACUGAGGGCAUGAUAAAUGUCUUGUUGGAUGAACUUUUGGAGAACAGAGUGCUGAACCAGGAGGAGAUGGAGAAAAUAAGAAAUGAAAAUGCCACAGCUAUGGAUAAGGCCCGAGCUUUGAUUGACUCAGUCACUCGGAAAGGGCCCCGGGCAAGCCAAGUGUGUAUCACUCACAUUUGUGAAAUCGACUCCCACCUUGCAGAGAAGAUGGGCCUGUCCCCAGGUGCACAAUCAGGAAAUGAUCACAAUACACAAGACUCCCAAGCAGGGCUUCUUCCCUUCCCAGCUCCACAGGCAGUGCAAGACAACUCAGCUAAGCUGGCAUUCCCAGGACCAGGAGGGAGCCUCAAGCUUUGUCCCCCAGACAUAGCCCAAAGGAUCUGGAAUGAAAAGUCAGCAGAGAUUUACCCAAUAAUGGGAAAGUUUACUCGGACACGUCUUGCUCUCAUUAUCUGCAACACAGAGUUUGACAAGCUUCCCAGGAGAGCUGGAGCUGAUGCUGAUAUCAGAGGAAUGAAGAUGCUGCUGGAAGGUCUGGGAUACACCGUGGAUGUUAAAGAAGACCUCACUGCUUCAGACAUGAUUGCAGAGCUGAAGGCCUUCGCUGCCCGCCAGGAACACAAGAACUCUGACAGCACUUUCCUGGUGUUCAUGUCUCACGGUAUCCGAGAAGGCAUUUGUGGGAAGAAACACUCUGAGGAUGUCUCAGAUGUAUUGGACAUCAACACCAUCUUUAAAAGUUUGAACACUUAUAACUGUCCAAGUUUGAAGGACAAACCCAAAGUGAUCAUUAUCCAGGCCUGCCGUGGUGAGAAUGAAGGGGUGGUGUGGUUAAAAGAUUCAGCAAAAGAUUCUGGAAACAGCUUCUCAUUGGCUCCAGAAGAUUUUGAAUAUGAUGCCAUUAAGAAAGCCCAUAUAGAGAAGGAUUUUAUUGCUUUCUGCUCUUCAACGCCAGAUAAUGUUUCUUGGAGACAUCCCAAACGGGGCUCUCUUUUUAUUAUUAAACUUAUUGAAAAUUUGCAAGAACAUGCCUGGUCCUGCGACAUGGAGGAAAUUUUCCGAAAGGUUCGAUUUUCAUUUGAGUCCCCGGAUGGUAGGGCACAGAUGCCCACCACUGAAAGAGUGACUUUGACAAGAUGUUUCUACCUCUUCCCAGGAUAUUAAUAUAAGAAACCAGGAUCCUGUCAUUCUGUUCCCAUUUUUGGAAUUAUUUCUGCAGGAAACAGAUAUUUCUUUCAUCAUUCUAAUAAAUCUGAAAUUUAA